UUUGCAGGGUUCUCUGCGGGUUCUUUGAGUGACAGGAUCAUUGACAGCAAGUCAAAAGUUGUCAUUACUGCAGAUGGGGUCUUUCGAGGAAAGAAGCUCAUUCCACUCAAGUCUAUUUGCAAUGAAGCCAUCUUCAUCUGUGAGCAGAAUAAGCAGCACCAGGUGCAUUCCGUUCUGGUCGUGCCCCACUUGACCACGCUCAGUUCCUGGCCGGGGGUCAACCGUGACCCCCAAGGCCGGAUGCAAUCCUAUGUGGAGCCUCUGUACUGGGUUGCAGGUCGGGACCUGUGGUGGGACGAGGAGAUGAGUCUGGUCAGUGACUGGUGCGAGCCCGUGUGGCUGGAUGCGGACGACCCCAUGUUCCUGCUCUACACCAGUGGGUCAACAGGAAAGCCCAAGGGGGUGAUGCACACUGUCGCAGGCUACAUGCUUUAUGCUGCAACUACUUUCAAAUAUGUGUUUGACCACAAGCCUGAAACGGACAUAUUCUGGUGCACAGCUGACAUUGGAUGGAUCACUGGUCAUACUUGCGUUGUCUAUGGUCCUUUGCUCAAUGGCGGAACUUCUGUUUUUCUGGAAGGUGUGCCAACACAUCCCCAUGGGGGUCGGAUUUGGGAUAUUGUUGACAAAUACGGAAUCACGCAUUUGUACACUGCGCCAACUGCCAUUCGGUUACUCAUGAAGCUCGGAGAUGCACUUGUCAAG